AUGGCGGUGGCUAGUUUAUCUUCAUAUCGAGAUCACUUUCACGUUCUCGUUUUCUGCAGUGUUCCUUCGGAAUUAGAAGCGGCCCGUCGGGUGUUAGAAAACGGAAGUGAUAGCACUUUUGAGGUCGUCCACACCGACGUGAUCACCGGUCUUUCUUUGUGUCGCGAGUGGAACAAGUCCCCGCUGACAGUUGGUCUCAUAGCGCAAGCAGAUCCAGGUGGCAAUGCGUGCACAGGUCGCCUGACGGAAAUGAAGGGUCUUUUCAGCGUCGACUUGGCUGUGAUGACGGGUGUUUGCUCUGCUGUUGAAGAUGUUCAUGCAAGAGUGGAGUAUGGCACGGUGCUCGUCGCAAAGAGCACGUCGACGGAAGAAGGAGGAAUGAAGCUGCACGACGGAGAGUUUCUCGCUAAUGGAAAUCCAGAGAAGAUCGACAAGGACGUGGGCGUGGUUAUUGAGCAGGUCAUCUGCAAGCUGGGCAGCGAACGAGAGUGGUUGGAAGCCAUUCCACCGAGCGAGAGGCGUGCCAGUCCUCGAUACGUACAAGAGAUGAUGCUGGAUGAAGUUGUAAAGAGCAAAGAAGGCGUGCAGAAGAGAGAUCUGUUUGGCAGACUGAAACUUGAGGAGGCACUAGAGGGACUGGACGGGAGAGUGUUUGACACUAUUUUGAAGAAAAUGGUGGAGACACGUGGAUGGGUGAUCUUGGAAGAUGGAGUCAUCAAGCACACUGAAAGUGGUGAAGAUUACAUGAAGAAUGCAUGUGAAUUUCCUCGUCCCGAUGAAAUCAAUGUAUUGAUGGGAUCCAUUGGUAGCAUUGCAUGUGUCAAUGACAAUCUUCCAAAUGACAUAGAACAGUACAGGAAGCACAUGGCCAACAGGAAGCUGAACGGGAUUGACAUGGAAGCACAUUACUUUAUGGCUCAUUGCAAAGCUGCUUUUCCUGGGAGUGUGAGUAUGGUCAUGAAGGGUAUCUUAGACUACGGAACUGCAGACAGGCAAGAGUACUACCAGGCAUAUGCUGCUUCAACAUCAGCGGCUUUCCUAAAUCAUCUUUUGAAAUUGAAAUUAUUCUUUGAUUCACUGUCAUCUAAAUUUCAAUGGCUGGCUUGUGGCGAAAGUGCAGGAGAUGCACUGGUUUUUGACAAGCUGGAAUAUGAUCCUCUGAAACUUCAACUUUUUCCACGAGAGACGAUCAGGUCACCAGAAACUGUUCAGAGUCAAGUGGAGGAUUUGCUAGUUAAAGUGGUUCAACAUGACAGGCGAAGAAGGUUAACUAUUCCACGUGCAGAAGAGAUAGAAGGUCACCAGAGACGUGCAGAUGCUGCUGAAACACGAGCUGAUGAUUUAGAAAGACGACUUGCCUUAUCAUUAGAGGAAACGCAAACAGUACGGAGAGUAAUUAGACAAGAACAAGCAGAGAAAAAGGAGAUGCAGUGGACUGGAUUGGCACUUCGAUACCAGAAUUUGCAUUAUUCCUUUUGGCGCAAGCGGCUAAGAGCAAUAGUAGGAAGGUGGAGAAGGCCUUCAAGUGAACAGCAAGCUUCCCAAUAUUUAUGUGACAACGAUCGGGUCAAUGAGGGUCUGCCAUUAUGGACACAGUGGAAUGUACCCAUGCCUCAUGACAGUCGGCCAUAUGGUAGAAUGGGAGAGGUUGCUGGCAGACUAGUGGCAGGAGAUGGAGGUGAAGAGGUGCAUGUUUUUGAUGACGAGGGUGAUACGACCUUCAAAUUGGUCAGAGAGAAUGGCAACAUCAUGAACAUAGUAUGUCAGCAAGGUGUGUGUCUCAUCCACGUAUAUGAUAAAAAAGAAUGUCAAUUUAUGAUUGAACGAGUUUGUUUGAAUACAAAGAAAAUAUGGCAUCUAACAAUUCUGCCCAAAGAACAGCAGUUGAAUGAUGUGUCUCUUGCUCUUGAUGACGACUUGUUGUAUGUGGUGGGUGGUAUGACUGCUUCAUUUGAGAGAGUUGGCACAGCAUUUGUAUACAAUAUUCACGAAGAUCGUUGGCUUAGGUUGAAUAACUUACCAACAAGACGUUUUCUUUGUUCUUCUGUUGUUAUGAAGAACAGAGCAUAUGUAGGGGGAGGUAGAAUUAAUCCGUAUGAGUUUUUGAAUACAGUUGAAUGUGCAGAUAUUCGGACAAGAGGUUGGACAACAAUUCACUCAACUAAGACGUAUCUUCCUACACUGACUGCAGUCGAUAACAAACUGGUGGCAACUGGAGGACAGACAGAACAGUGGUUUGAUUCACCUUCUUCUAAUGUCGUUCAGUUGUAUGAUGAGAGAUCUACCAAAUGGCUGCUCCUUCCACCAAUGACUCAAAAACGAAAGUUACAUGCAGCUUUUUCAACUGAGGAUGGAAAAGUCAUUACAGCAGGGGGAAGAGAUAAAUCAUUUGAAUCGUUAUGGUCCAUAGAAAGCUUAAAGUGUUACUAAAGAUUGUUCUUUUAUUUGCUGUAUUUCUAUGACACUGGUAUUUGAAUUAUGAACUCUAGUUCUUGGUAAGGCAGUUUAGGUGACACGACAUAAUGACUGCAGGCACAGGAUGCACUUAGAUUUUAUGUUUAUGUAUCUUGCCAGAUGUAAACACGGUCUCUUGAAAACCAGCAGACUAUGCUGUUCAGGUGUGUCCUUGUACAAAUAUAUGUCAUCUUCA